AUGCCUGCUGUGCCAGCUGCUCUUGCGUCCAUCAGCGAUGCCAACCAAGGUUCGCAGGCGAUCCGACAACAAAACCAUGCGAAUAAUGUUGCCCGCUUGAGGGCUGCCUUGCAACUUCGUCGUCAGGCGAGAUUUGCUGGAACUGGCAACACUCCAGCGCAAGAGGCGAGGCACGUCGCUGUGAACGGCGUCAAGCGCAUUGUCUCACUUCAACCGAAGGAUAUGAGCACGAACAUGCUGGAGGGCCUGUGUAAACUAUCCUCUAUGACCCGGACCCACGCCACGGACGCGCACAGAUUGCUACUCGCCAUUGUUAACGCACGGAUUGCAUCGACGGGUUUGCUGUUCAGUCUCCAAAUCAAAGACGUAGUCGGCGCUAUCCAGAAAGUGCAAGAGUAUGGCGUGUUGAAGAGAGCCACAGCUGCACAUCAGCAUGGUCAACAGACAGAGACAACAUCGACGACCGCCGUCAGGACCGGUCCGGCCACUGAGACGGCUCAGCAGCCUGCUGCGGCGCCGGCUGGUGUGACCAUGUCAUUGACGGCGUCGACGGGUGCAAGCUGGGCUGAGCAAGCGGUCUCAGUCAAACAUUUGUAUUUGACGAUGCAGAGGAGAGCUAUGGCGGCUCAGAAGCAGACUGUGACCGUGACGUUAACUUUGUAG